AUGAUGAAACCGGGAAUUUGCUGCUCUGAGGGGUCCACGGAGCGUGUGGAGGGAUCUGCAUCAGCAGGGAGCCGGCAGAAGAUGAUGGGGACAGGGGCGACCCGGAGUGGGAACCGGUGUCCGCCUCUUUUCCUCCUGCUUCUUCUCGGAGGCAGCUGCCACAUGUUGCAUGGCCAAGAGGUGGCUCCCUACCUGCGAGGGGGUGGAGUGCGGCAGCAGGUGGUGUUGGAGGGAAACAGACUGGUGCUGACCUGCCUGGCUGGAGGCAGCUGGCCCCUGCAGUACCGCUGGACUCUCAACAACAGCAACAUCACCAGCUGGACACCACAGUACAGGUUGUCUGUCCCAUCUCUGACGAGGACUGAUGCUGGCCUCUAUCAGUGUAUCGUGAGGAACAGGAUGGGAGCAGUCAUCAACAGGAGGACAGAGGUGCAGGUGGCCUUUCUGGGGAACUUCUCCGCCGAGGAGCAGAGAAAGACGGCGACUCAGGGCCGGGCAGCCAUCAUCAGCCAGCCUCCCCUUGCUUCUUUCCCCCGACCCAUCGUCACAUGGUACAAAGACGGACACAAGAUAAUCCCCAACAACCGAAUAGCAAUCACUUUGGACAAUCAGCUGGUCGUCUUGGCAACCACUGCAGCGGAUGCAGGACGUUACCAUGUGGAGGCGGUGAACGAGAUGACGGGAGAGAAUGUGACGAGUCCUGCUGUCUACCUGAGCAUCUCAGUUGGCAAGAAGAACCGUGGGUCAACAGAUCCUGAAUUAGAAAUCGUGGCUCCAGUGAUUGUGAUUGGACCCAAAGACACAACAGUGGUGGCAGGCAGUGAGGCUACACUGGAGUGCAUUGCUAAUGCCAGACCAAUAGACAGCCUCGUGGUGUCAUGGAAGCGUGAUGGGCGUCGGCUGGCCAGCGGGCGUCAGCUCAUUAUUCCUGCCCCUACCUCCUCUGACACGGGCUUAUAUGUUUGCGAAGCAUUGCUUAGUAACAGCACCGCCAAACCUGUGGAGGCCAGGGCACACCUCACUGUAAUGGAGCCUCCUUCUCUGACUGCUCAACCUAGGAGGAAGAUCUUUGCUGAGCUCGACAGGAAUGUGGAUAUCCCCUGCCUGGCUGCAGGCAUGCCCCAGCCCAGGAUAGAGUGGUUUAAGGACUCGGUGCCUCUUUCCAAACUGGCCAACCCUCGCUACAAGGUCACCGCCGCAACCGGGCUGACGGUGCGCAGGGUGCAGCCAGGAGACGGAGGAAUAUUCCAGUGCCUCGCUCGCAACGCUGCCGGAGAAACCCAGGCAUACUCACAGCUUCUUGUCUCCAGUGUGGCCCCCACAUUUACCUUCCCUCCGUCUGACCAAACAGUGACUGAUGGGAACACAGCCCUCUUUAACUGCCAGACAAGUGGAGCGCCGAAGCCCGCCAUCACCUGGAGGAAAGGAUCGCAGGUCUUAGCUAGCGGCUCUGUCCAGGUUCCCAGGUUUACACUGUUGCAGUCAGGUGGUUUGGAGAUUCAGCCAAUCAGCUUCCAAGAUUCAGGGGAAUACACCUGCAUCGCCUCAACCGCAGAGGGAACCAUCAAUGCCACCGCCACGCUCACCGUCUGGAGUCGCACGGUCAUUUCUGUGCCUCCAACAGACCAGCGAGUUAUCAAAGGAACCACUGCUAUUCUGGACUGUAAUGCUACACAUGACCCCAGAGUCAAUAUAAGCUUCAAGUGGGAUCGAGGUGGAGUGCCCGUCGUUUCAACCAGUGGAGGUCGUGUUUCUGUGCGCCAGGGCUCCCUCACUAUUGGCCAGACGUGGUCAGGUGACAUUGGGGAUUACACCUGCACCGUGACAUCACAGGCUGGCAAUGAUUCUCGUUCUGCACGCCUCGAAGUCAUUGAGCUGCCGCACUCUCCUCGCUCCCUGACUGCCCGUCUCAAUGACUCUGACUCCCGCUCCGUCCUCCUGUCCUGGCUACGCCCCUUUGAUGGGAACUCUCCACUCCUGUACUACCUGCUGGAGCUCUCUGAGAACAACUCACCGUGGAAGGUCUACCUAUCAGAGGUCGAUCCUGUGGUGACUGAGGUAUCAGUGGGCGGGCUCACACCUGCCAGGACCUAUCAGUUCAGACUUUGUGCUGUCAAUCAAGUGGGCAGGGGUCAGUACAGUGCCGAAACGCAGAGAUUGAUGCUGAGGGAGGAGGCCCCCAGCGCUCCUCCAAAAAAUAUUGUCGCCAGUGGGCGGACAAACCAGUCCAUCAUGGUCCAGUGGCAGCCUCCACCAGAACCCCAGCUCAACGGAGUCCUCCGAGGAUACGUGCUCAGGUACCGUCUGGCAGGGCUGCCGGGGGACUACCAGGAGAAGAACAUCAGCAGCCCAGAGACCAACUACUGUCUGCUGAAAGAUCUGAUCAUCUGGACACAAUACCAGAUCCAGGUGGCUGCCUACACUGGAGCCGGCCUGGGUGUCUACAGCAGCCCUGUCACAGAGUACACUUUGCAGGGAGUUCCCACAGCACCGCCUCAGGAAGUGGAAGUUUUAGCUAUCAACUCCACUACCAUCCGCUUCACCUGGAACCCUCCGCCGCAGCAGUUUAUUAAUGGCAUCAACCAGGGAUACAAGCUGCUGGUCUGGCCUGAGCAGUCUCCAGAGGAUGUCGCUGUGGUAACCAUCACCCCGGACUACCCCGGUGCACGCCACACAGGAUUGGUCAGCGGACUCAAGAAAUUCACCUGGUACUUCGGCUCCACCCUCUGCUUCACAACACCUGGAGACGGCCCCCGCAGCCCACCCACCCUGCUGCAGACACACGAGGACACACCUGGACCUGUUCGUCACCUGAGCUUCACUGAAAUCUUGGACACAUCGCUCAGAGUCUACUGGACAGAGCCUGAAGACAAGAACGGCAUCAUCACUGGCUAUGUGUUGUGGUGGGAAGUGCCUGGCGUAGACUCGAGUCGGGAGGAACGUUCACUGUCCAACUCCACCCUGCAGUACCAGCUGACCGGCCUCACCUCCACCACCGCGUACACACUACAGGUGGCAGCACUCACCGCCGCAGGACGGGGCGUGGUCACAUCCUCCACCAUCUCCACUGGAGUCCCACCAGAACUUCCUGGUGCACCAUCUAACUUAGUCAUCUCCAACAUCAGCCCUCGCACAGCAACACUUCGGUUCCGGCCUGGCCCUGAUGGCAAGACUGCCAUAUCACGAUGGAUAGUAGAAGGCCAGGUAGUGAAGGAGGAUGGGAAGGAAGGGGCGUGGACAGUUGUCUACCAGAAAGACAACCAGCCAGAUGCAGACACGCUGGAGAUCCCCGACCUCACUCCAUUCACCCAGUACAGGUUCAGGAUGCGGCAAGUGAACAUUGUCGGCUCGAGUCCCAUGAGCGCCCCCUCCAGGCUGAUUCAAACCCUGCAGGCUGCCCCUGACACACACCCCUCUAACCUCACCCUGCUGUCUGCCACACAGACCAGCCUGCGCUUCAACUGGAAGCCUCUUCCAGAGUCCGAAUACAACAGCAGUCCAGAGACUGUGGGAUACCGGCUGCGUGUGUGGAGGACAGAUGGCCAGGGGGAGGACAGAACCGAGGAUGUGGAGGGAAGAGGGGGUGCCAGUGAGGCCACAGUGGAGGGUCUGAAUCCCUGGACUCAGUACCAGGUGCAGAUACAGGCCUACAACUCCAUAGGACCUGGACCGUGGAGCAACACUGUUGCCGUACGCACCGCAGAAUCUGUUCCAUCUGGAUCUCCGGUGAAUGUGACUGCUGAGGCCAUGAGUUCCACCAAGAUCCUGCUCACGUGGUCUGCUCUCCCUCUGGCACAGAAGAACGGAGUCAUACUUGGAUAUAAGGUGUUGUACAGCGAGAAGGACUCAGAAGGUCCCCCCAGUGUUCAGGUGGCAGCAGGAGAGGGGAGUAUGUCACUGCUCCUCGGGCUUCUCCAAAAAUACACUGCGUACAUGCUGCAGGUGCUGGCAUACACGCAGAUGGGUGACGGCCCUCCCAGCAACCCCAUACUGCUCCGAACCAAAGAAGAUGUCCCAGGCCCCCCUGUCAGGAUGGUGUUUCCAGAAGUUCGAUUGUCAUCAGUUAGGGUGGUUUGGCAGCCACCCACAAGCCCCAAUGGCAUCAUAUUAGGUUACCAGAUCUCCUACCGCUUGGACAGCAGGGACCCUCAGCGCUGGACCACAGUGGAGGUUGGCUCCAACGCUCGACAGUUCACCGUCACAGGACUCUCCCCUGAGCAGGCCUACGUGUUCCGUCUCACUGCUCGCACUGCCGUGGGCUGGGGCGAGGAACAGGAAGCCCUGGUUGUUACCACUGAACGUAGAGAGCGCCCCCAGCCGCCCAGGAAGUUGUCCGUUCCUCAGGACGGGGUUGAAUCUCGCCGCCUCCGCCUUCACUGGGUGACGGGUGGCUCAGGCUCCUCCCCGCUGAGGUACUUCACUCUGCAGGUCAAAGAACUGCCCAGUGGGGACUGGAACACACACACCGCUGACAUCUUGUACAACGUGACCACCUGGACUGUUGACAGGCUGAAGCCUUUUACAUCAUACAAGUUUCGGAUGCUGGCCACCAACGAUGUGGGAGACAGUGUCCUCAGCAAAGAGACGGAAGCUGUUACAACUCUGCAGGAUGUGCCUGAUGAGCCUCCAGUGAUCCUCGCAGUGAAACCAACAACCACUACCUCAGUCCUGGUGCAGUGGAAGCCUCCCAGUGACGACAGCAUUAACGGGAUGUUGACUGGAUACCGGCUGUAUUAUAGAGAGCUCCCAGUAAACACCUCCAGUUUCUCCGAAGCAGAAGUCCAGGCAACCAAAAACAACACCACAAGUGCCCUCAUUACGACCAAGAGCACCUUCAAGACAGUCAGCAGUGCCUCGCUAACAGAGUUUGAGUUGACACAACUGAAGAAGUUCAAACGCUACCAGAUUGUUAUGACAAGCUACAACAUCAUUGGAGAGAGCCGACCCUCCGCCCCAGUUGAGGUGUCUGUUGGAGAGGCAGCCCCAUCGGUGGCCCCUCAGUCUAUCAGAGUGUCUGCUGUUUCUCCCUCCAUCCUGGAAGUGACCUGGGACACACCCCCCCUCGAGACCCAGAAUGGACUCAUCCAAGGAUACAAGAUCCACUACUGGGAGAGGGACAAGCAAAACCAGAGUGAGAAGGUCAAGAUGAUUUUUGUCCCAGACACCCGCGUGCAUCUCACCAACCUGACCAGCUACACGCCUUACCUGGUCACCCUGACCGCCUUCAACACGGCUGGAGACGGCCCACCCAGUGACCCCCGCGGGGCCCGCACCCUGCAGUCCGCUCCCAGCCAGCCCAGCUACCUGUCCUUCUCAGAGGUGACAGAGGGAAGUGUCAAUGUGUCCUGGGGAGCUCCGCUCACGCCUAACGGACAGCUGGAGGGGUACAGGGUCAUCUACCAGCCCACUGCUCCCGUACAAGGAGUGAGUAAAGUGGUGACAGUGGAUGUGAGGGGCAGCUGGCAGCGAUGGCUGAAGGUUCGAGACCUAACCAAAGGAGUGACGUAUAUGUUCAGUCUUCAGGCCCUCACGGUCAGCUAUGGACCACCAAUAAAAGCAAACAUCACUGCUCAGCCUGUACAAGGCUCCCCGGGGUCACCUAUGGAAACGUCCAUCACCAAGACGUCCUCAGCGCUCACUAUCCACUGGUCAGAGGGAGAUAUCGGUGCAGCACCUGUCACUGGAUAUGUUAUUGAGGCUCGUCCUUCAGAUGAGGGAGUGUGGGAUUCCUUCAUCAGACUCCUCCCUCCCAGCAGCAGGUCUGUUUCAGUGCCGCUGGAGCGCCUCAGGUCGGGGAUCAGCUACGAGUUCAGAGUCAUCGCUGUAAAUCGCUAUGGUUACGGACAGCCGAGUACAUCCUCUGCUGCGCUCGCUGCGCUGUCGGACCGUCCGUUCUAUGAGGAGUGGUGGUUCCUGCUGGUCAUGGCCCUGGUGGGACUCAUUCUCAUUCUGGUCCUGGUCUUCACACUGCUCCUGCAUGGACACAGCACCAAGUACAAGGCCUGCGGCACAGGGAAGCACGUGUCCACAGCGGAGGAGUCAGUAACUCUGGACAACGGAGGUUUUACUGCUCUGGAGCUCAACAGCAGAACACUCAACACCAAGAACUCCUUCUUGAAGAAGAACGGGACCAGGUCUCCUCCCAGGCCCAGUCCAGGCGGUCUUCACUACUCUGACGAGGACAUCUGCAAUAACUAUAAUGGAGCCGUACUCACUGAGAGCACCACACUGACAGAGAAACCCACUGAAGUCUCCGAGUCAGAGUUAACAGACAGCGACUACGAGGACGAGCAGCCCAAGCACUCCUUCGUCAACCACUACAUGAGCGAUCCCACCUACUACAACUCCUGGAAACGGCAGCCCAAAGGCCUCAAAGGGAUCAGCACUCCUUUUGGCUACGAGGAGUGUGCCACCGCAGACACGGAGCCCUACUACCAGACCGUGGUCACCCAGCACAACACAGGCGGCGCAUACACGCCCACAGGACAGCCUGCACACACACACGUCAACCCCAACACCAACCCGCCAGGGUCACGCACCCCUGUGACGGGAUUCUCCUCAUUCGUUUGACUCUAGAGACGAAAUCUGCACAAAGUGAUACACACACACACGUACACAUAAUGAAGGAGGGGGGCCGGUGUGUGUUUGGACUAGAGGAGACAGAGCCGGCGGCUUCGGAGGAGAGCGGAGGACGAGAUGAGGAGACGUGGGAUGGACUGGUGAUGAAACAGCCCUUCAUGCCCCAAAGAACUAAACCUCCACUUCUCACUCGCCUUCUCCCCUCGUUCACAAAGAUCCUCACUGUGUCGACGAGUGUGUAUGUUGCUCUCCUACUCUGUCACUGUGCUUACACACACAGUUACUGUUCUCGAUUCACACACACACCCACACACACACACACACACACACCGGCAUAUACCACCAGAUAUUCAUGCCUAUUCCAGAGACUCUCUAAUGAGAGCUAAGAGGGAUGACUACAUGAGUCAGUUUGUGUAAAUGUCGAGGAGAGAAUUCAACCUUGAAGUGGUGGAACCUGGAAUUUCUGCACAACGCUUCUCCGUUUUCUGUAAUUACACAUAAGUGCACAAAUACACACACAUGCACUCGCUGAUGCGCCAUUUCAGCAUCUCCCAGUGGGAGAGAGGACCUUCAAGUUUGAGGAGAAUUAUUAAAAUAUGGCACAGAAGGGAGCAGCUUUUGAUGACGGACUGCUUCAUGUACACAAACACGGAGCUGUCAGCUUUAAAAUACCACCACACAGAGGAAAAGGAAAAAAUAACAAUAAUCACAGUUCUUGGACUUGAUAAAGGACGGAGAGCGAGCGAGCGUGAGUGGGGCUUCUUCAGAGCUGAAGGCAUUCUCAAAGAGAGUGUUGCGUGGUUUCAGAGAGCGACAUGUGAUAUUUGGGGGUUGGGUUGGACUAUAUGAAAACCAUGUUUUUUACUGUCUACUGCCUGUUGUCAGCGCUCCUUACCGCAGCCUCCCAAGCCAUAACGCUUGCACUGAGCCUAACCCCACACAUUUCAUCUUGAUUCUGUUGAAAUUUUAUUUUUUACAAGUUUGAGUGUGUGUGUUUGAGUGUGACACACAAGCAUGUGUGUAUAGGUAAAUGGCUCUACGCGCAGUUUAGAAGCCUGUUCAUCGGACUCUGUCGUUCAUUGCUAAGCAAAGUGUGCCAUUGUAUGUAUGUUUGUAUUUUUAAGAUGGAUUUUGUACAGGGAAGCCCUUUUUACUUGUGUGCAGUUGUAUGUAGUUUGGCCACAUUUGUGUUUUCCAAAGCAAAUAGUGAAACAGUGCCGGAGCAAGUCUUCAGCUACACUGACCCAUGAGAAGAAAAAGGAGAAGACAGAGUCAGGAUUCCUAAAAAAUAAGUUACAAUGAAUGAGUGUGGAACAGGAUCACAUGAUAUUUUAGAGAAUCAGUCUUGUUCAAACUGAGUGUGAUUGAAGUUAGACUCAUCAGGCCCCACUGUCUGUACCCUGGUCUUAUGUCCAGCAGCCAGCCUGGCACACAUGUACUUCGUACCCCUCUUUAAUUGAAAACAGAAAUCAUCUGUAAGUUUCUGCUCAUGUAUAAUUUAAAGAUUCUCCUCCCAGCAGCCUCCCUCACUCUAUCACGCUUGUUUUGAGUCCCAUACAGUGUGUGA